AUGGACAUACCUGACCUCAUAUACCCCUCCUUUCUGGCUAGCCACUGCCUCAUAGGCCUGCUUGGUGUGGUCUUUCUAAGACUCAUAUAUCGGAGACUCACGAACCCUCUCUCUCACAUACCCGGCCCGGAGAUAUCAAAAUGGACGGACGCCACAUACACGUACCACUGGAUGAAUGGAGAGAUACCGAUGUACAUUCAUCAGCUUCAUGAGAAAUACGGUCCUAUCGUACGAGUGAGCACAGAUCGGAUCGAUAUAUGCGACAUAAGGGCUGCGAAGGAGAUCUACAAGACAAAUAGCCGCUUUAUCAAAACGAAAUUUUAUCGCAAACUGGCUGCGGGCUCUGCGCACAACCUAUUCUCAACAAGCGACAAACAUCUCCAUGCUGUUCGCCGGCGUCUGUUGGCAUCACCUAUCUCUGACUCGUCACUGACUCGCCUCGAGCCACUGAUAGCUGAUAGAGUCCAGCUAGCUGUUCACAAGAUCACCGAGGAGCUAAUGGAUCGCGGUGUUGUCGAUGUGUUCAAAUGGUGGUUGUUCAUGGCGACGGAUAUUAUUGGCGACCUCACCUUUGGAGACUCAUUUCGAAUGCUUGAAACUGGACAGAAAACGCAAUACAGCCUUGAUCUGGAACGAGUGUUAACUUUCCAAGCCAUUCGAACAACAUUCCCGACCAUAUUCAAGGUUGCCGGCUAUAUUCCUGUACCCGGAUUCACACAGGCAGCAUAUGCAGACAAAAGACUCGAAACGUAUGCCAUGCAAUCUGUUGAUCGCUAUAGAAAGCUGGUCUCCCAAAACGCAUCGCAACCAAAGCCAACUCUGUUCGCUAAACUCUUUGAUGAAAAGAGUGGUAUGUCAUACUCGCAAAUCCAACAAGAAGCACAGGGGUAUAUCGUUGCAGGAACUGACACGACCGCUGUCACGUUGACCUAUCUUGUAUAUGCUGUUUGCCAGGAUAGUCGUAUACAGGAGAAGCUUGUUGCCGAGUUGGCUAGUGUUCCUGAGCCGGUCACAGACCGUAGCCUGAGGGAUCUACGCUACCUCAAUCAGACCAUCGAUGAGGUUCUGCGACUAUAUACGGCUGUACCUACCGGCUUACCCCGAUUGGUGCCACCAGAAGGUGCCCAGUUCAAUGGAUAUCAUAUACCGGGAGGUAUCACAGUCUCAACCCAGGCUUAUAGUCUUCAUCGAGACCAAGAUAUCUUCCCAAACCCAGAGAGCUUCACUCCCGAGAGAUGGGAAACCCCGACUAAGGAAAUGAAAGAUGCUUCUCUACCGUUUGGUGGUGGAUCAAGGGUCUGUUUGGGCAUGCACUUAGCUCGAAUGGAGCUCCGCCUGGCGACAGCACUUUUCUUCCGCGCCUUACCCGAUGCUCGAAUCUCCACGAAAGAAGGGAUGUCAAGCAAAGACAUGAAGAUAGAAGCCUUCUUCUUGAUGGCACCUCAAGGACGUCGUUGUCUCAUUGAGGGAUGA